AUGCACGCCAACUUUCAAGCCAACCUACGCGCUCGUAAAGACGAGCAGUGCCACGCCAAAAAGCUGGAAAGAUUGAAGCAACGCCUCACACCGCGUUUACCAGGCUCCCAAAAGAAGGUGGUGUACAACCUGUCCUCGUACCAGCCCGACGGCCCCGAGAUGGCAGUCCUGAACCUUGGUCUCAACUUCAAUAUGGGUCCCGCAACAGACACGAAGAAGUUGCUGCGCACUCAACCCACGGUGGCCCCCUUGUCCCAGCAGGAGCGUGAUGCCGUCAAGAGGCUACGUGAGAAUCAUGACAUUGUGAUACUUCCUGCCGACAAGGGUAACGCUACGGUCCUUCUCGACAAAAGCAAGUACAUCGAAAAAAUGCACUUGCUUCUGAGUGAUAAACAAACAUACGCCCCGGCUGCAAGAGACCCUACACCUAAUCUACAAAGGGACUUGCAAAAACUUCUGUCCGACAUCUUCCGCAUGGUGCCGCCUCAACACAAGCAGCUGUAUUAUAAAUUGCUUUGCCACAAUGGAUCAGCUCCAGCUAUAUACGGCCUACCGAAGGUACACAAGACCGAUAUCCCCCUGCGGCCUAUAGUGGACUUCACUCGCUCCCCGCUCUACAGGCUGUCAGGUUUUCUUCAUAGGGUCAUCUCGCCCCUGGUAGGCAAAGGUGCUACCUAUAUACGCAACACGUGUGACUUCAUCGAAAAGGUCAAAGACACAAUAGUCGAUCCGGACGAAGUCUUGGUUUCCUUCGACGUUGUGUCACUUUUCACGAGUGUACCCAUAGACAUGGCCGUGGAUGUGUGCGUUGCCGCCCUCGACAAGGACCCGACAUUGCCUGAGCGAUCUCCCCUCGAAGUGCACGACCUAGGCAGGCUACUCAAGUUUUGCCUGUCGAACACCUAUUUCACCUUUCAGAAGAAGUAUUACCGGCAGUUACACGGUGCGGCGAUGGGGGCGUCGAUUUCGGUGACUGUUGCUAACCUAACAAUGGAGGCUAUUGAAGCUCGGGCACUUUCCUCGUUUACGCCGAAACCGAAGUGCUUUCUGAGGUAUGUCGACGACUGCUUCAGUGUUUUGCAGCGGCAGAACCUCGACCUAUUCACGGUUCACCUCAACAGUAUGCAUCCAGCAAUUCAGUUCACAGUCGAAGCGGAGUCUGAGGGCCAGCUACCGUUCUUGGACGCCCUGGUGAAACGCGAUGGCUCAGGCUUGUCGUUCAAGGUGUUUAGGAAGCCCACUCACACUGGCCGCUACCUCAACUACAGAUCGGUGCACCCGGCUUCGCAAAAGAGGUCCGUUGUCGGCUCUCUUCGUCGGGCGGAAAGGGUAUGCACGACAGGGGAAGACCGUGCGGGUGACAAUGCACUGGUGCGGCAGGAGCUGAUGGCGUGUGGUUACCCUGAGUACCUAAUUGACUCAGUAGGGCGCCAGUUGGCUCGUGCAGUGCCCGCCCAAUUUGGACCUACACAGAAACGGGCCGCAAUUCCGUACGUUCCGGGAGUAAGCGAGCCCCUUGCACGAGUUCUGCGGUCUUAUGACGUGCAGGCGGCGCACGUCCCGUCCAGGAAGCUCCGGCACGAACUCGUACGUGUGAAGGACCCUCUUGAAAAGGAAAGGUACCCGGGUGUUGUGUACGUCAUCCCCUGUGUGGACUGUCCUUACGUCUACGUGGGGGAAACCGGCAACUUCAAGACGAGACUUCAACAGCACAAGAAUGACGUCACGAAUAAACAUGUUGCCUCCAAUGCCGUGGCCGAACACUGCCUUGUGAACCGCAACGAACUGCCUUUCCCCAAUGCCCAGAAGAAGUUUCUUCAAGACCUGCGACUGGCGUCUCAGACUGCCGACUUCCUCAACGUAAUAGUCCAGCUGCCUAGGAGCAAGCAUCGGAAUCCAGGGCAAGGUCGAGAGGUCAACGUGCUCGGAGACGCCUCAAUCCCAAAGAACGUGGCUGAUCUUCUCAAUCUUGGGCCGAACUUUUGUGAGCACCCUGAUCUGGAUAAGUGCGUCAAAAGGAAUGUUUAUUGA